CAAAUGAGCUUAAAGAUAAUGAAAACAAAUUUACAAAAAUUUUAGGUGAAAUAAAAAAAAUUGAAAAUGAAAAAAAUUCAAUGGAGAAAUUAAAUGAAGUAUUCGAUAAACAAAAAGCUCAGUUAACAAUUCAAUUUAAACAUUUUAAAAAACUAUUAACCAAAGAAAAAGAGAAAUUAGAGAAAUUAGAAAAAGAACAAAUUGUAUUAACAAGUAGUAAAGACAAAUUAGAAGGUGAUUUAGAAAAUUUAAAACCAGAAUUAGAAGGAUCCAUUCAGGAGGAAGAUGCUAUUGAUUUGAAACUAGCCAGUACUGAAAGAAAGCUUCAAGAACUUUAUGUCAAACAAGGUAUGUUCCAAUUUAAAUCAAAAAAAGAAAGGGAUGAUUAUUUAAAUGGGGAAUCUCAAAGACUCGAUGGUAUUAUUCGUCAAUAUGAACAACAGGCCGAGGUUAUUGAAGAGGAUGUUAAUGAUAUGAAACAACUCCAAGAUCAAAAAGAAAAACAAUACAACGAUAAUAUGGCAUCUAAAGAUCAAGAGGCUCAAUCCAUCAAAACAAGUGAACAAAAAUUAAAUGAAUUAAAACAAGAAAAAGAUCAAAUGGAGCAAAGAAUCUCUACAACUUUUCAUCAAAUCAAUGAUAUGAAAUCAACAUUAACCAACUAUAGAAACGAAUGGAAGAAAUCAGAAAGAAAUCUCUCUACCAUUAUGAAUCGUGGUCUUAAUGAUGGUUUAAAUCGUUUAAAUCAAAU